CAAAAUAGUGUUCCUGGACGCUUUCACUUUGUCCUCAAGUUGCCAUCAUAUCCCAAAAAAAACAUGUCCACUCUUUCUUCUUCUUCUUCUUCUUCUUCUUUUUCUACCACUUAUGUAACACUUACAUUGUUCAUCAUCCUUAUAAUAAGCACUCUAAUAAACACCUCACACUCUCUUGUAAGCCGUCCGCCGCCAACGGCGAUCAAAGCCGCUCGAAAUGCCGCCACUCGCGGCCACCAUAGGCAGCUAUCGAUAGAUUACUACGCCAAAUCGUGCCCUGAGGUGGAGAAGCUUGUGGGUUCCGUCACGUCGGAGCAGUUCAAAGUUGCUCCCGCCAUCGCUUCCGCUACCAUUCGGCUUUUCUACCAUGAUUGCUUUGUUGAGGGAUGUGAUGCAUCGAUAUUAAUAUCGUCAAAGUCCGGAAGCAAAGAAUUAGCAGAAAGAGAUGCAUGGCAAAACAAGGAUUUGCCCAUUGAAGCAUUUGAAGGAAUCAAUAAAGCCAAAGCCUUAGUAGAGAGCAAAUGUCCUGGUGUUGUAUCUUGUGCUGAUGUUCUUACAAUUUCAACCAGGGAUUAUGUUCAUUUGGCAGGAGGACCUUAUUAUGAAGUGAAGAAAGGAAGAUGGGAUGGAAAGAGUUCGAAAGCAUCCCUUGUGCCAUCUAACAUUCCUCAAACUAAUGCCACUAUUGAUGAACUCUUGAAGCUAUUCGCCUCAAAAGGGCUAACGACGGAGGAUCUCGUUGUUCUAUCAGGUGCACAUACAAUAGGGUACGCACAUUGCAAGUAUGUUAUAAAUCGAAUAUACGACUACAAAGGUACAAACCAACCACGACCCGAUAUUGAUCCGAAGUUGUUGAGCGCCUUGAGAAUGUAUUGUCCACACCAUGGUGGAAAUGAAGAUAUUGUGGUGCCAUUUGAUGUUACCACCCCUUAUACAUUUGAUCAUGCGUAUUAUGGCAAUCUUGAGAAAAAUAUGGGACUCUUGAUGACUGACCAAGCCUUGUAUUUGGAUUCUCGAACCAAGUCUAUUGUACAAAGUUUGUCCAAAGAUAAGCAAAAGUUUUUUCAAGCAUUUGCACAAGCUAUGGAGAAAAUGGGAACAAUUCAUGUCAAAAGAGGAAAGAAACAUGGGGAAUUAAGGAAAGAUUGUAGUUCACACAUUUGAUAAUUGUUAAUUCUCUCAUAUUUUUGUUUGCUUGUUCUAUUAGAUUAACAUAAUAUUAAACAUGGUCUGACAGUUAAGUAAAUGUUAGACGGUCUGACAGGAGAUUAGCCGUUUUACU